GAUCUUGGUCACAAACCUCCACCAUGUGGCCCUACUUUUCCAUAAAGGCUCUUCUUCUCAUAGUAGUUGUUGCCUUGAAUCCAACAGCUGCCACAGCACAGAGUGACACAGAUGACAAUGGAGAAGAUAUCUAUCCCCCACUGUGGGACUUUGCACCUGAAAACCUUCUGGAUUUCCCAGUUAAGGACAACAACACUGUCAUCAAUCCUUGGAACUAUCGAGAACGACUGGGAGUGUAUAAGAGCAUGCUAAAGGCUUCAGCCAAAUAUUUUACGGCCUUUGGAUCCCAAAAUUCCGGCAACAUUCUCUGGGGAUUACCACUGCAGCAUGGGUGGCAAUUUCGUACAGGCAGAUUAGCAGAUCCUACCAAUGGGACUUCCUGUGGCCACAGAAACCUGUGUAUAUCUGUAAGAAGUUGGUGGUCCUGUAAGUAUACUCUAUUACAAUGUUCUGCAAAACAUGAUUUGUGUCCUAGAAGGCAAUAGUUUGGAACCACCUUU